CAAAAAUUUCGCUAUCCAGAAGGUUAGGAAUAUAAUUUCCGCCCUCCACUUACCGACAAUUCCUAAAAAGAACCUCCCAGGUCCGAUCUUCUACAUGCAAGAGCAUGACCUCGGCGUUUUGCUAAUUUUUCUAGCAUCUUAGCUCACAGGGAUCACAAUUCAGACAGUGAAAGAAAGAAAGAAAGAAAGAAAGGUCUAUUGGGUGUAUAAAUUAAAUCAUGUCAGAUCCGCUGUACUCUCCUUCCAAUAAACCUCACGAUCAUGGUCCACGGACUGCAUUUGGUUUGAUUUUCGGUCCAGAUUAUGGCUCAACAAGCUGUCAGCAGAAUGAACAACAAUUCAUGGAGAACGAUAUCCCCCAUGAGAGUAACGGUCACGUGCACCUGCUAGAUGAGAAAAAAAAUUUCGAUCACCAGAAGGAGGAAUUUGUGGACGAUGAUGUCCAUCAUGAAACAAAUAGGGGUGGGCACCUGAUAGAUGAGCACAAUUUAUCUGGUCAGCAGAAUGAGCAAUUUAUGGAUAGUGAUACCCCCAACAAGAGUGAUGGUAGCAGGACCCCGAUAGAUGUGAACAAUUCUCUCAGGCUAGUUAUGCCAGGUGAAACUGGUGAAGGUUUGCCAUAUGCUCCAAUAGAUUGGCCGAAUCCUGGUGAUAAUUGGGAAUGGAGAGUUGGAAGGAGGGUUAACUCCUCUGGGUACUUCCAGGAUAGAUUCAUUUACCCUCCAAAAAGCAUUCAUGGAAAAAGGAAGAAGAUGUUUGCUAGCAAGCCUGCUCUUAAAAGUUUUAUUCGAACCAAAUUCCCAAGUGCAGAUGUUGAUGCAUUCUUUGCAUCGUUUACAUGGAAGAUACCAGCAAAAGUGCAGUCUCCAAAAGAAGUAAAACCUGCUCCUCUUCCUCUUGAGAAUCCUCCUGAGGAUGGAACUUUGAAAGUUCAAGAAGGGAAUGUAGAAAAUCCCCGUUAUGGUCGGAGGCAAAGGAAGCAGAUUUUACCAGAGUUAACUGAAGAAGCUGAAGAAAAGAAACAAAAAACACCACGGUCCAGCCAGAGGAAAAGAAAACAGGAUGCAAAACAGGAUACACCUACCUCGGCAUCCGCAUCUAAGCGAAAAGCUACACGGUCUUCUAAACGAUCUGUGUUUCAUGCUGCUGGUGGUGAAAUUGGAAUAACUGAGACUGAACCUGCAGUUAAUGUGAUCCCGGAGGGUUUUGAUAACUAUCUCAGUUCUUUAGAAGACAUUCUUACCCAACCUCACCCUGAAACCCAAGUAUCAUACUCUGCAGGCUCUGAUACUCCUCUUACCGAAAGUGAUAUGGCUAAAGAUCGAAGCAAGCUUUGUUCCCUUCUAGUCAUGGAUUUUCCAACUUUGGUCUCUUCCAGAAACAUUUCCAAACUUACUAGUCUAGCUUCCAAACUACUGAAGGAUCCCACCCUCAGUGCUGAACAACUUGUUAAGUUAAAAUUGAUUGAGGAAAUCCCAUCGUUCAGCGAGGUUUUUGUUGAGAGUAGGCAAACAAUAGAGCAAGUUAACAAUUUGUUUGGUAUCCUUGAGGCAAACAAGGCGAAGGUUAACUCUCUGAGGAAUGAAUAUAAUGAAUUGAAGGAAAGAGCAGACCAGCUCCAGUCACAGGUUGAUUCCAACUUACUGACUGUGCAGGAAAUUGACAAUCAAAUUUUUCAACUUCAGACCUGGCGAGGGGAGCUUGUUAGUACAAUUGAGAAUAACAAGGCAGCAAAGGUUGAGGUGGCCUCUGCUCAAGGGAUGGUGGCAAAUUCAAUUCCAACUGUUGUGCGUGAUAUUCAGGUUGCCAACUCCAAAAUCCCAGAAUGGGAGCUAAAAAGGACAAAUGCUGAAAAGCGUGAAGCUGAAAUUCUGGAAAAGUUUGCCCCUCUAAAAGGGUUUUCUUUGUAGUAGACAUUUUCUUUUUUCUUUUUAGGUUACCAUGGGAGUCGAGGUAAUGGCUUUAAGCUUAUGUCUCCAUAUUCCUAGUGUUUAUUGACUUGCACCUAGAAACUUGCAUAGAAUUAUCUAGACUUUUAGCAGCAGAUGCCCUACAUGCCCUUUUGUACUGCUUGUUUCUGCACGGGAACAAUCCUAUAACAGUAACAUCUAUGGUUAAAUAUGAAUUGGGUUUAGGUGA